UAGCCUUAGCAGUUACAAUUGUCUGACUAUUCGGUAAUAAGAUGCCUGAGCCUGCCAAGUCUGCCCCCAAGAAGGGCUCCAAGAAAGCGGUGACUAAAACCGCUGGAAAGGGAGGAAAGAAAAGAAAGAGGACCAGGAAGGAGAGCUACGCCAUCUACGUUUACAAGGUGCUGAAGCAGGUCCACCCCGACACCGGGAUCUCCUCCAAGGCCAUGAGCAUCAUGAACUCGUUCGUGAACGACAUCUUUGAGCGCAUCGCUUCUGAGGCUUCUCGUUUGGCCCACUACAACAAGCGCUCCACCAUCACCUCCAGGGAGAUCCAGACCGCUGUCCGCCUCCUUCUGCCCGGUGAGCUGGCCAAGCACGCUGUGUCUGAGGGUACCAAAGCUGUCACCAAGUACACCAGCUCUAAGUAAACUCCUUAUUCAAAAACCCCAAAGGCUCUUUUAAGAGCCACCCACAGUUUCUACUGAGAAAGAAUCCUGAUACCAGAAUUUGAUAACUAUCUACUUUAUCGUUAACCUUUUAGAGGUUAAAUCGUUUACAGAUAAUUUGAAGCAUCUUUGGUGACGAUGAGCAACUCAUUAUAAAAGGCUGUGAUGGCUUCUUACAAGUGGUUCAUUAAAUAUGAACAAUUUACAAGGUAUUAAAUGAUUUUUGAAAGUCUUGAUUUACACUUGAUAGAUGCACCAGUGACAAACUUUUUAAAUGAUUGUAAUGUCAUUAUUUGCCCAGCCUCUUCUUGCUGGUCUUUUUGAGCACGCUUGUCCUCUACAUCAAAACUUUUGAUAUAAUUAUUGGAAUAUUUUAAGUUUCAGCUCUUUUGUUACAAUAAAAAUGAACAAUAAGAGUUUAAUUAUGUAGAUUUUUAAAUUUCAUCAAUAAUGAAAAAAAUUCACGUUCCUAAUCAAUUUACAGAUGUAUUAAUUGUGCGUUCUAGUUGUCCUUGGAACUCGGAAUUUCCGAGCAGGAAAUGACGUAAGGUGCCUGUUUUACGUUCCAGCUUCCAACUCGAAAUGAGCAAAAUAUAAACUUCCUGGCAGCGUCUUCCAGAGUUGGCUAAAUGUCAGUUCUAGGCCUAUCUUAAUGUAAAAUAUAUUGAGCUACGCAAAAUGAUGCAUGAAAUCAUUUAAGAACACUAUUUUCACUGUUUGUGUCAAAUCUAAUUAAUUUGCAUAAAUGCGCAGUUAUACUUGACAUUUGGCACCUGUUCAACUUAAUGUGUUGCAGUAGAAAAUCUAAACAGCUUUGAACCGUGUAUGCUCUAGUGUUUAAUUCUUAAUUUGAUCAGUUUUCAAAUUGAAAAUGUUUAGGCAGUUCCUCCUCCGUCACCAACAGUGGUUAUUUUAUCAAUGGAAAAUUAGGAUGCACUCAGAAAUCGAGAGUUGGGUGGCCCUGAAAAGGGCCUUUGGUGUUUAUAUUUCUUAUAAAGUUUUAACCUCCGAAUCCGUACAGGGUACGUCCCUGCCUCUUCAGAGCAUAAACCACAUCCAUGGCGGUCACGGUCUUCCUCUUGGCAUGCUCGGUGUAGGUGACUGCGUCACGGAUAACGUUCUCCAGGAACACCUUGAGCACUCCGCGAGUCUCCUCGUAGAUCAGACCGGAGAUACGCUUGACUCCACCACGGCGAGCCAGACGGCGGAUAGCGGGCUUGGUAAUACCCUGGAUGUUAUCACGGAGAACCUUUCGGUGACGCUUUGCGCCUCCUUUUCCGAGUCCUUUACCUCCCUUGCCUCUUCCAGACAUUUUGAUUAUAGAUCAAUUCAGUUGGAAUGGUGGUGGGACUGAGGCACAAGGUGUUUUAUUUCACACUAAAGGACGUGUUAGAGAACAAGACAAGCUGCAGAUUUCUACUGGGGCGCCAUCAAGUGGUCUAACUGGGAUUCGUGUACAAAAUCUUAAUGGUGUAACUCACCAUGCCUCACUGUUUCCUUCUGAGAAAUUUUAAAAAUAAUAAAGUUCACAUCCCUGCAAACACAGUCCGGGUCUGGGAUGCUCUAUCACAAAUUCAGUCUCACCUCUGCUGUUCUCCUGAACCAAAGUACUUGUUGUCAAGGCUUCCUCUGGCAUGAUAAAAGUGAAAGGGUAUGCAAAAACAAAAGUAGCUCGGAGUAAGAUUGUACCUAUAGGGUUGAAAAUGAAGUUUAAAUUCUAGGUUUGCCUACAUUUCUUCAGUCUCUUUAUAGUAUUGUAGUAUUUGAUUCUCCAUCCCCAAUUUAUCUGGGUAAUGUUUAAUGUUUUUGAUUUGAUUAUGUAUUUUUAAGCAGCACUUUUGAUCAGUGCCCAUUGUUUUUCCAAAACCUCUAUAAAUAAACCAGGCCCCCAUAAUUCUGGAAUGAAACUGAAGCAAACACAGAAGUGGCAAAAAUUGCAGUUCAACCCUCAUCCACUAUGCUAAGGGCUGACACCAGAAAUGAGCAAAUCCUCAUUGAUUCGUGUUCAAAAUGCCAAUUUCACAGCAGAAAAUAACAGUUUUACAGCCUGGUUCAAAAGCCAAUUUACGGUUUAAUACAUCUAGUUUACAUUCAUGAGAGGGGGUGAAUUGUUUUUUUACCUCAUCUGUUUAAGUGUAAUGAAAUGCUUAAAAUUCUCAUUUUAGCUACUAUUUACUGGCGUCACCAUCGCUCAGGGUGGUGUGCUGCCCAACAUCCAGGCUGUGCUGCUGCCCAAGAAGACUGAGAAGCCUGCUAAGAAGUAAAGCUGCUGCUUCUCCCUUCUGCUACCAGCCCCACAACAGCUCUUUUAAGAGCCACAUACUCCGCCUAAAGAGCUAAAAUCAAAUACAAAAAUAUCUUUUUUCCUUAGAUUGGGAGAAAAUGUUUUAUUGUACAUUCUAGUUGGAGGUUAAUCAUUGUUCAUUAUACAACCAUCGAUUGUAAACAACAGCACGGCCCUGACAUAAAAAAUAAUUUUGUAUUAAUUUUUUUGGAGAUGGAGAAAAAAAGUUCACUUUCCACACAUAAGACGUAACACAUUUUUUCCCCAAAUAAAUCAAUAAACCGCAAAUAUUUAAACCAUAAUGCAAACACAGCUCAGAAAAUUUUUUGUCAUGCAAAUGCAUUGCAAUACAUAAAAUAAUAAAUAAUACGUAAUGAAUGAACUCUUGACACAGUGGGUGUGCUUAAGUAACAACCAGUGAGAAGCCAUACAUCCUGGAGGUAAGAACUGGUAUACAAUGAGAACAAACUGACAGAGGGUGGAUGCAGGCUGUACAAUGAUCUGAGGAAACACGAAUCUCAUCCUGAAACAUUUUACAAAUCGCACAGAAUCCUGUUAGCACAAGGAGCUCUACCUGUGAACGAGGAUUCUUCAGUGGCUUCCACACCUUCAAGAACAUGGAACGGAGUAAACUCAGAAGCAAAAGCAAGCUAAAGGAAGCUGCUGUGAGAUUUUUCCUGGGAACAGUGGGAGGCUGCAUUCUGGGGGCCACAGAGGACCCAGUGGACAGUAUCCUGUCUGUGAUGACCGAAAGUGGUCUAAUACAACCAGUGAUGGAAGAAAUCAGAGCAAUGGGUGCCAUCGGGUUGGGAUCCCUCAUGGGAGCAACAGCGUUGACAACAGCGAUGACAUCGGUCAUAGCUGGUGUGAUUUCGGCUGCUGUUGCAGCUUCAGUAUUUGUGUCCAUGAGGAGUUGCCGUGUCUCUUACAAGAAAUCAGUUGGCUUGUGGGCAUCAGCGGGACUUGCUGGUGCACUUGGGACCACACUCAGCGGAGUCACAUUUGGUACCACAAUCGAAUGGAUUGUAAAAUCAUACGGCAUGUUGGGACUAAUGUGGAUUUUGGCCCUUUUCACUGUGCUAAAACCACCUCUGCAUUUUCUAUUUCAAGUCAUCUGGAGAGAGAGACAGAUCUGUUGCAGUCUGGGAUCUGACAUCAGGUCCAGAGAGAGGGAAGACAUUGAGGGUACAGAGUGGCAGCUGAGACAGAGAGUGACUGUGCAGAUAGAGCAGAGAAUCGUGUCUAUAGAGAAGGGAGGUAGUACAAAUGUAGCAGAUGACCAGACAAGAUGGGUCGCUGAGCAGAAAGAAAGAGAGGAGAUUGAGAGGAAAAAGAUGGAUAAUGAAGAGGCUGAACUAGAGCAAAGAACAAUUCAAGAUUGGAUUAAUGUUGUAGUCGUCAAAUAUGUAGAUUUCUUGGCGUUUUCAGGGAUACCAAUGGCAGUGGUUGCCAUUGUCACAUCAAUAUUUGGCCUCUUUGGUUUAGGAACCCACCAGUCAGUGGUAAUAGUUCUUCUGGUUUCAGUUUCAGGAAUAACCUACUUUCUUUUAAAGUCUUCAGACUUUAAAUUCUGGAUGAUGGUGGGGUGCAUGGGAAUGUUUGCCACCUUCAUCAUAGCCAUGCUGACCCAACAUGCAAGGCAGGAAGUUUUAACAGCUGCUGUCAAAAUGGGAACGGGAGGGCAUGUUCAAUCCAGGGACUUAGUCAGCACUGAAAUGGACCUCCGAUCUUCUUUGGAAGCUGUGAGCACAGCCUUCUUUGCAGCAAAGCUUUGCCAACUGGGUUUGGGAGCUACAGUGGGAGGGGUGCUAGUGAGGAGAGCAGAUGGUGGGGUAAAAGUUAUUAUAGGGGCUGCUUCAGUGGCAGGAGGUUUACUGGCUGGGAUGCAGGCUUUAGCCGUGGUUCUGUCUGAUGUUGGGGCUGGCGCCUUGUUAGCUGUGGUUGGAGCAGCAGGGGUGUCUGUUGGUGCAACAGCAGUCUCAGCUUCAAGGUCCUCAUGGCCAGGAGCCGUGGGAACAAUGGGAGGUUUGAUUAUCGGAGCAUUAGGGAUGGGAAAAUGGCACGUGGUUAAUAUCGGACUUCAGCUUCCUGCUGCCUUGGUGUUUGCAAUGAAUAAUCCAUUUUAAAUAAUGAGGAUUUUUUUAACAUAAUGUACUGAUGGGUUUCCUUAUAAUGCUGGUUGUUCCUGAUCAAAUAUUUGUCCUUAAAAUGUAAAUUAAAAACUAUAUAAGUACCAUGAACCAGUGUUUUACCAUGUUGUAUACUGAGAUGUGUUUCUGUGUAACCAGAAAUAUUUACUGCAGCUGGUUUUGAAAACGUUGCACCAAAUGCCAGAUUGACAGGUAUUUUAUUCCCAUUUUGUUCUGUUUUUAGUGUUCUUGUAAACUAGUAUCUGGACAUAACUGAAAUAAAGAGAUAGUUAUAAUGUAAUUUAAA